AUGGGCGUUUUUGACGAGAACUGUCUGUGGAUCUCGCAUUCAGGGAAAAUCGGGACCUGGACAAAGGUGGCAUAUGGGCUGCCGGGCUUUGCGACGACCUCGCUGUCGUUCCUGAUUUCUGUGUAUGCCAACGACUUCUACAGCCUUCUGGGUGUUGGCCUGUCUUUCUUGUCAUUCUUCACUGCCCUUGCCCGGUCUUUCGACGUCCUCACAGACCCCCUCAUGGGUUGGUUUUCAGACAGAACAAGGACAACGUAUGGACGGAGGCGGCCAUUCAUGGCCAGUGGAUGCAUCUUCUAUGCACUGCUGUUUGUGUUGCUGUUUACUCCACCAGAUGGUGGAGGUAAAAUUGCCACUGCAUGGUUUGCAACCUUUUAUCCAGUGUUCUACUUAUUUGACACAUACACGAAUGUACCGUAUGAGGCGCUGGGACCCGAGCUGUCAGAUGACUACAACGAAAGGAAUCAGAUUUUUUUCACUGCCAAGAUUUUCAACUUUCUUGGAAUGCUGGUUGCUGCUGGUGCCCCUGCCUGCAUCACGUUCAUUCUGCGCCAGGCUGAGAAUGAGCACCUGGAUUGCCGCAGCAUGUUCACCAUCGAUUCCCCACCCGGUGUUUCCCAGCCUAAGCUGCCAGAGUACAUAGACCAGAGGGUGUGCCGCGAUUCAGCAGACUGUGAUGGCUCAGCCGGACGGGUUUGUUUCCUUGAAGUGUUCUCCCCAGACAACGACAGGAAGUACUAUGAGCUGGAGCUGGAAAACCUGAACGAUCAGUGUAGCAAAGUGGACUUGGAGCCCGAGCUGUUGGAUUGUUUUGGCAGGAACAGCUCAGUUUGCGAAACUCCCGAGGCAGCAGAUGAGGAGGUUUGCGUUGCAGCAGAGGUGUUUGACAUCUCCUACCUGAACGCCCAGAAAAAGUCUUUCUUCUUUGUGUCUCUAGUGUUUGGGAUUUACUUUGUGUCUAGCGUCUGGAACUGCGUGCUGUCCAUUCAGGAGAGGAAGAUGUCAGAGGAAGCAAAGAUUACAAUCCCCUUGGUGCCAUCGAUUCUCCGUGCAUUCAAGAAUCGUGCAUUCAAGCCUCUGCUGGCAGCCUGGGCUUUGGAUGGGUUGGCACUUUCGGCGCUUGUCACCAUGUUCCCAUUCUUCAUUCGGUAUGUUGUCAUCAGUGAUGGUGUCAAGGCCAAUGAAGGUGGCUAUGCAAUGGAUCCAAUGGUUUGCAUGGGCAUAAGUGUGAUGGGCCUGCUCAUUACAGCAAUGGCAUCAGCGCCUGUGUGGCUGAUUGCAAGCAACAAAUUUGGCAAGUACAAUGCUUGGAUUUUGUACAACUUGGUCAACGUUUUCACAAACCUUCUGUUCUUCAUUCCUGCUGAGGGGGACCCAGGACAGACAAUUGCUGUUAUGAUGCUCAACGGCAUCCCUGUGGGUGGACAGUUCCUAACAAACUCCGUCCUUGCAGAUGUGAUUGACUACGAUGAGUUCCUCAAUGGCUCACGAUCGGAGGGGAGCUUCAGUGUGUUUGCAACGCUGAUUCCAAAGUUUGUGGCCAUUCCUGCAAGCGCUCUGCCCCUGGCUGUUGUCAACCUACUUGGCUUUGAGCCUCCAAUAGAUGGAGUUGCUCAGGAACAGAAAGACAAUGUCAAGAUGUUCAUCCGAAUGACAUUUGUGCUGCUGCCAUUGCUGGCAGCCUCAUUUGGUUUCAUCAUCAAAAUAUUCUUCCCCAUCAAGACCGCAAAGAUACUUGCCCAGAUCCAGGAUGGCAUUGCCAAGCAUGAGAGGAAGGAACCUGCUGUUGACCCUCUCACUGGUCACACUAUCAAGCUGAUGGAGCUUACACCUGAGGAAACUGAUACAGUGUGGCUUUAUGAAAACUUCUCGUCGAGUUGCUUGCAGUUUCUGAAGGACCAGGGAACAGCAAAGCCGAUCGUGGUGGAGAUGGCCUUGUACUUCGUCAUUGGUACCCUCUGUACCACCGGAUUUUUGUUGGCCACUAUUCUUACGUUCAAGUUUGUGAGCGACCGGAAGUUGGCGAUCAUACCAAUUGCUAUGGUUAUUCUUUUUGGAAUGUCUCUGAGUUUCAUGCUGCUCAACAUGCUCCGUUUCUUCGAUGCCUUGAGGUUGAGCAGAUCAAACUUUUCAGUGCACAGCGAUUUGAUUGGAAGGCUCAUGGUUGCCAAAGCAUCUGGACAGCGGUCAGGAGCUAUUGGAGAAACGCCGAUCAUUGGCCACUGGUUUCAAGUGAUUGAUGCAAGCAGGAAAGAACAGAUCGCUUCCAAGUAUGGGUCCAAGUGGCUUGCUCGCAUAAAGAGGAAUCGCAGGGAGAAUCCCGAGUCUGAUGCCACAACAGGGUUGCUGAGUCACCCGGUGGAGGACAGCGCAGGUGGUGGCACUGGGGGGUUCCCUACUGUUUGA